AUGGCCGCCGUCGGAGCACCAAAUCCAUCAUCCUCUCCCUCCAGCAACGCCGCCGAGAUCGAGGAACUCGCUCUAUUCGCCGUUCAACAGCACAAUCAGAAGCAGAAUGCGUUGGUGGAACUGGGGAGGGUAGUGAAAUCGGAAGAACAGGUGGUGUCUGGAAAGUUAUACAAUCUGACUCUGGAGGUGAUUGAAGCAGGGAAGAAAAAGCUGUAUGAAGCUAAAGUGUGGGUGAAGCCUUGGUUGAACUUUAAAGAGCUCCAGGAGUUCAAGUAUGUCAAGGACGUUGUUCCAUCCCUUACCCCUUCGGAUUUGGGGGUUAAACAAGAUGGUUAUGGAUUUGGAUGGAAAUCGGUGCCUGUUCAUGACCCCAUUGUUAAAGAUGCAGCUGAUCACGCCCUCAAAACCAUCCAGCAGAGAUCCAAUUCUUUGAUUCCGUAUGAGCUUCAUGAGAUAGUUCAUGCCAAUGCCGAGUUGAAUGAGGAGCUGACCAAGUUGGAUAUGCUGCUUAAGUUGAAGAGGGGAGAGAAAGAAGAGAGGAUGAAGGUUGAGGUUCACCAGAAUAACAAUGGUGGUGCUUUCCACUUGAAUAAGAUGGAACCUGACCAUUCUUGA